AUGAGGAAGCCUUGCUGUGAGAAGACAGAGAUAACUAAAGGAGCAUGGUCUAAGCAAGAAGAUCAGAAACUCAUUGAUUACAUCCAAAAACAUGGGGAAGGUUGUUGGAAUUCCCUUCCAAAGGCUGCAGGGUUGCGACGCUGCGGUAAAAGUUGUCGACUGAGAUGGAUAAACUAUUUGAGACCAGAUCUUAAACGCGGAAGCUUUGGAGAAGAUGAAGAGGACCUCAUCAUCAGGCUUCAUGCACUCCUCGGGAACCGGUGGUCAUUGAUAGCAGGAAGACUGCCAGGAAGGACAGACAACGAGGUGAAGAAUUACUGGAAUUCCCAUAUAAGGAAAAAGCUAGUAAAGAUGGGUACUACUACUACUACUAGUACGGCUCUUGAUCCGAAAAAACCCCAUCACCGCGACAACAAGGUGCCACUACUAAUGCAGCCUGAUGCUAGAAAUCCAAUAUUAUUUAGGCCGCCUGCGAAGACGACGGAUCAGAAGCGUGCGCCUAAUCAUGAUGAUGAGAUGGACGUCUCGGAUUCCAUGAGUAUUAACGGUGGUAAUCAACUUCAAACAGGUGUUAUAAUGAGCAACAAAAGCUUCUGUUUGCCUGACUUAAAUCUUGACCUCACUCUAAGUCUCCAGUUGGCUGUGGGAGAGAGGCACCAAUCUGAUAUCUGAAAGUAAAAAGUAUCCGUCCCUCCCACCCACCACGAUGACCUCCAGGGCUCCUCUUCUUUUAGACAACAUUGGUGCUUUGCUUGGAUUGGACGCGUGGAUUUUUACUAUAGUGACUAGUGUUGACUAGUAUAAAGUUGUGUACGCAAUUCGACAAUGGCUUACUUUCGGUUUGAAGCUGUAGUAGUAGUACUACUCAGUCCGUCAGUGUGUGGAGAAGAAAAGAGUUACCGACUAGUUUGGGCAUGCACAUGAUAUAUCUGCCAAAUACUAUAUAGGUGUUGUUACGUAUAU